UUGUAUUGUCGUGAGUUUGGGUUGCGCUAUUGGUGGAUGGCGAGCGGACGCUGGGAUACGUUGACGGAGCGGUGAUCGCAUAUCGGCUCGAAAUAAUUAAAUACCUAAAGGUCACCUUUGGAGCUUCUCAUUUCCUCUUCCUCCGUUUCUCUUCUCCCUCGAGUUCAGAUCACCUUCUCUCCUUCUCUCUAAACCCUAGGGUGCGAGCCAUCGAUCGAAUCGAGUGAUCUAGCGAUCGAUCGGCGAGGGUUGUAAUGGCUGGGAUUGGUCCGAUCACCCAGGAUUGGGAUCCCAUCAUGAUCCGCAAGAAGGGCCCCAACGUCACCGCAAAGAAGGACGAGAAGGCUGUCAACGCCGCCCGACGCAGUGGAGCUGAGAUCGACACCGUAAAGAAGUCUAAUGCUGGAACAAACAAGGCUGCUUCUAGCAGCACAUCUUUAAACACAAGGAAACUGGAUGAGGAAUCAGAGAAUCUCUCU